GGUUUCGUGGACUGGAAUUCCUGUGGGGCCCCAAAGAGGGUUGGCCUGAUAAUAUAUCAAAAUUUGGUGACACAAUAGAAGAAAAACGUGUAAAAGUACUACAUCACUUCGAAGAACGUGCGAUAUUCGAAUGGGAGAAAUUUUCCAGAUGGAAACGGUUGCUACGUCAUGUGGCUUUUGUUAAACGAUUCCCAGCUAAUAUACGCAAGAAAAUCGUCAAACAACCUGUUGAAAGCGGUCCACUAUCCCAUGAGGAACUAAAAGAAGCAGAGCUGACUAUACUUAAGUUCGUUCAAGAUUCCGAGUUUGCCAGAGAGAUUCAACACUUAAGGAAAUCUAAUCCAUUGCCAUGGAAGAACGUGUUGCCCAAAAAUAGUUCAUUGUACAAACUUAGCCCAAUUCUUGAGGUAGAUGGGUUAGUUCACAUGAAAGGUCGCAUAGAUGCUUGCGAAUUUGUGGAAGAGUGUACGAAACGCCCGAUAUUGCUGCCUAAGUGCAUUCCAGUUUCGGAUCUUAUUAUCGCCAGCAUUCACCAACGAUACUGCCACAUGAACCACCAGACGGCGCUCAACGAAAUCAAGCGUCGGUUCUAUAUUCCUAAGCUUCGUUCGGUGUAUAAUCGUGUUCGUAAGAGAUGCCAGCUUUGCAAAAUCCGCAAGGCAAAACCAGCCGUCCCUGAAAUGUCCGCUCUACCACCAAUGCGGUUGAAAGCCUUUUGUCGGCCAUUUUCAUAUGUAGGCAUUGAUUAUUUUGGGCCGAUGCACGUGGCUGUUGGCAGACGCACCGAAAAACGUUGGGGUGUGUUGAUUACUUGUCUCACUGUUCGAGCAAUACACCUCGAAAUUGCGCACACCCUCACAACAGAUUCAUGCAUCUUGGCCAUUAGGAAUUUCAUAGCCAGAAGAGGUUCCCCCUUGGAGAUAUUUAGCGAUCGCGGAACGAAUUUUGUUGGUGCAAGCCGUGAAUUGAAACAGGCACUACAGCAGAUAGAUCAGAACAAGCUGAUGGAACAUUUCACUACAACGGAUACAAAAUGGUCAUUCAACCCGCCAGCUUCUCCGCACUUUGGUGGCGCAUGGGAACGCCUCGUUCAGUCAGUGAAGAAAGCCUUGAAACACCUACAACUCACACGCACACCUACCGAUGAACUAUUAAGAAACAUGUUGGCAGAAAUCGAACUAAUUAUCAAUUCUAGACCGUUGACUGAAUUGCCACUAGACGAUGAGCUAUCAUCGCCGCUAACCCCGAACCAUUUCCUACUCGGGUCAUCAGACGGUUCUAAGCCACCGGUCACAUUCGAAGACAGUAGCUACGCCCUGAAGCACACAUGGAAGAUGUCGCAGGUCUACGCAAACAGGUUCUGGAAACGCUGGAUAGCUGAUUACCUGCCAACGUUAACGAGGAGAACAAAAUGGUUUUGUCCGGCGAAGCCCAUAGAAGUGGGAGACAUUGUCGUGUUGGUGGACGAGACACUUCCAAGAAAUUGUUGGCCGAAAGGACGAAUCAUCGACGCCGUCCGGUCCAAGGAUGGCCAGGUUCGAAGAGCUAUGGUGCAAACAGCUAGCGGAAUAUUGGAGAGACCAGCCAUAAAACUCGCCGUGUUGGAUGUUGGUGCGAUUGGGAGUACCUCGGAUCAAUGAUCGCGAAGUACUGGGGGGAGUGUCGCAACUUUUCAAGUUGCUACGCACCUACUAUUCAACAACAUUGGUUCGUGCUGGUAUAACCCUCUCUUUAGGUAUGCCUCUGCGCCAAAGACAUUUUCCACACCCGGUGACCGAUCAAGGGAUCGAUCGAAUUAACAGGUUACGCAAGGACAGGCAGAGAAAGGAACAAAAGACAUUAGCGAAUUGUUAUACGAAGUUAGUUCUUAUACGAAAAAUAUUUAAAAUAGCGAGAAUUUGUAAUUUCCUAUCAACUACGUGGCUGUUAAAAUAUAUUGCUGAACUCAUACGGUUAGAACAAAGGCAGUAAUUGCAAUCGAAGCCAAGAAUUUGCUAGGUUUAAUCGAGCAGCUGAAAUACAAAAAGAAGAACAGAAUUAAAACGUAAAAGGGACUAAAACGUAAGUUCUUAAACUUAUAUUAUUACAACGAAAGGAAAACACAAUUGAAUUGUAUAACAAAAAUACCUAUAUUU